AUGGUAAUUGCAGCAACUUCUCAAGGCUCUGGGAGCCAGGGAGCUGGCUUUUCAGGUGUCACGACAGCUGACGCAGCAGCAGCAGCAGCAGCAGCGGGCAACAGCUGCACGCAGGGCAGCUGCAGCGGGAACUCCACCUGGAGCUCCCAGGGCCUGCAGCUGGCCUGCAGCAUGUGCGUCUGCGUCGUGGGCGGCGGCAACAUUGCUGCUGCUGCUGCUGCUUGGCUCUCCCGCAGCAGCAAAAGUCUCUGUGUCCAUGUCUUGACUCGCCAGCCGCAGCGCUGGUCGCAGCGCCUCCGCGUCCGCGCCAACCCGGCCUGCCGCUGGGCCGCCCUCCAGCCCUACGAGUGCAACAUCAACCUCAUCACGAGCGAUGCUGCAGCAGCAGUGAAGGGGGCGAGCCUGGUGAUGGUGGCAGCUCCAGCUCAUGUCCAUUUGGAGCUGCUGCGCAAAGUCGCGCCCCACUUGAAGCCCGGCUGCAUCCUGGGCACUCUCUUUGGCCAGGGAGGCUUCGACUGGGCCGUGGAGGCGGCGCUGGGCCCCGCCCAGGGGCAGCUUGCUGCUGUCUUUGGGCUGCAGCACGUGCCUUGGCUGGCGCGUUGGGAAGAGUACGGGAGGGCGGUGGAGCUGAUUGGCCCGAAGGAGUUCAUUUGUGCUGCUGUGUCGCCGCCUUGUGCGCGCCCAAUGGUGCAGCUGCUGCUGCAGCUUUGCUUCGACCAGCCCUGCAAGUUGCUGCCGAACUUCUUGUGUCUCACGCUGACCCCCAGCAACCAGAUCAUACACCCCGCCAGGUACUACUCCAUCUUCAAGGACUGGGACGGAGAAAAGGUUUACAAAGAAAACGAAAUCUCUUGGGGCCUUUACACGGAGUUCGACGCAGAGGCGGCGAAGCACCUCGCGCUGCUGGAUGGCGAGCUGCAGGCCAUCAAGAAAGCGCUGGUUUCUCGCUUUCCAAAUCUAGAUUUAAGCACUGUCUUGCCAAUUCAAGAAAGAAUCCUCCAACAAUAUGGAGACGACGUUAGAGACCGCACCAACUUGCAAACCAUUGUUGCCACAAACGGAGGCUAUGCUUCCUGCCGGACUCCCGCAGCAGCAGUUGAAGGCGGCUUCCAGCCGAACCUGCAAAGCCGGCUCUUCCAAGAAGACGUGCCGAGCGGGCUGUGCGUGUUGCGGGGCAUAGCGGAGCUGGCGGGUGUACAGACACCCGAGAUCGACUUGAUGAUCGAGUGGCACCAGAAGUUCAUGAAAGUUCCAUUUCUCAAAAACAAAAAACUCAACCAAGAAACUCUUCAACUCACAACUGCCCCCCAGCGCUACGGCAUUUCCACUCUGGGCCAUUUGGUGGCCACCACUCUCCGCGGCUGCGGCGCAGCGGCCCACAGCGCCAGCUAG